GUUGUGUGUGUUUUUUUAUUUCGUGGUUUUAAAUUCGUUCGCUUGCGCGCUCUUUCUCUCUCUCGCUCGCUCGCUCGCUCGUCACACUUUUUUCGGUGAUAUUCGGUGUUGUUCCUGCAUACAUUUCUUAAAAGUCGGCGUGUAGUGUGUAUAACCUUUUUCUCCUUUUUGUACACACGGUGGUGUGUGCAUUGGGUGAACUAAAACCGAGAACGAAAUGGCCAACCAACCAUAACAUCAGCGAAAAAAAAAAAAAAAUAGCAACAAGAAUUCGGAAUUUAAACAUUUUUUUUUAUUCUUUUUCGUUCGUUCAACGUUUUUGGUGUGUGGUGUGUAUCUGUUUCAGCUCUGUUGCUGGUUCCCUUUCGGUUUUGAAUUUCCUAUCGCUAGUUUUGGCUGUGCCGCGAUUUCAUAUGAACGGAUCUUCUUUUUUUAUUCCUUCCUUCACACAAUAACAAUUCACACACACGCAUACAUCGGCGAGAGAAAGAGAAACGAAAUCGAUUUCUUGUAUCAUUUUCACGCAAAGUGGACGGGAAAAAUAUCGCAAUAUUAUAAAAUCCUUAUUUUUUUUUUCACACUCUCAGUUUCGAUAAUGGUCGGCCGAUAAAGUUAUUGAAUAACAAAAGGCAGCAGGCGCAACGACACAGCAUUUUCGAAGCGAACGAAGACGUUAGCAACCGAAACAAAAAGUAAGAUAAACAUAAGCGCUGAGCCACAAUUUUGUCUCAGCCAGUCAGACAAAUUGGGCAAUUAGGCGGUGAGCCAGAGAGAGAGAGAGGGAGCAUACCGCUAACAAUCUAAAUAAUUGAUCGAGGAAAGAGCCUUUCGACCAACCAAACAAAUAAAGUGAAUAAAAAAAAGUGUAAGCUACCGCAAAGGAGAAGUUGAAUCGAAAGAAAGGAACAGCAGCAGCAGUAGAGAGAGUAGAAAAAAACCAAGCAAAAUAUAUAUAUAUAUUCGAAACGCAGGGAAAAAGCCAACGACGAAGAAAGUGAAUUCAGUUCGGUUCUGCCGUUUGUUUUUCUUCUUCAUUUCACUCUCUUCUCUGCUGUGCGCGCUUCGCCUUUCUUGUGUGUUGUGAUCCGCAGCAGAGAGUGAAUUUUUCUCUGUCGGUCGUUUAGUGUUUUGUGUGUACGAAUCGCACAGUUUUGUGAUUCAAUGCGUGUGCAUUGAGUAAAGAUGAUGAUUGUGUCAUGUGCGUGAAUUAUAUUGAAAGCGCGUGUCAUUGUGUGUACAAACGUGUGUACGGCUAAAUAAUUAUAGUCGCAGCCAACGACACCACGAGAACAAAAUAUAAGACGAGCGAGAGAAUGGUUUUUUUUUCUCGGUUCAUUCUUGUUUGAAUUGUAUUAAUUAUCAUCAUCACGGCCAAUCAACAGUCAACCAAACAAGGAGACAUGGAACAACUGACAAAUUAAGACAAUGAAAGCGAAAGAAGAAAAGUGACACACAAAAUUAGGAAAAGAAGAAGAAAAAAAGGCCAACAGGAACAUCAGUUUCAGAAAGAAAGCAACGCCAAACCAAUCGCAGAAACAGUGAACGCAAAUAUUCAGAAGAAAAAAGAGAGAAAGAUUGAGAGUGAGUGAGUGAGAGAGAGAGAGUAUAACACAUCGAGUAAAAAUAAAUGCUACAAACACAUGUGUUUGAUUGUGCCGCUGGGCUUCUUCGAUUCACUUACGUAUAAUUUUUAGUGCUUUGGUUUCGCGAAGUUUUUCCUUUUUUUCAAUUCAUUCAAUUUGCACUGCUCAGAUUUUUUUUUUCCUUACUUUUUGUGUGCGCUAUUCUGACAGUGGUUCUUUUUUAGUGGAUUCUCUCUCUGUGUAUUUUGUGCGAGUGUCUUUUUUUGCCGCCUCUCGUUUGUGAUAUGUUUUCAAUCGGUGUGUUGCUAUACGCGGUGUACGAAUAAUUUUGCGGUGCAACUUUGUGAGUUUGUCUCAUCGAGCGAAAAAAAAACGAUUUUGACGUUUAGCCGCCGUGAUAGAGGCCGCCGUGAUAGAGAGAGAGAGAGAGAAAGAAACGACCUAACUUAAAUUCCCAGUACACAGUACACUUAAUUAUGGAACAUAGUUAACAAUCAGAUAUGAAUAUCACAUCCAUAUAGAAAAGACAUCUGGCCAAAAGAAAAAUCAUCCAUUUUAUAAGCUAACAUCGAUUUUCUAUUGAACAAACAGAAAAAAUAAACAAACGACGCAAAACUAACUGAAUGGUGACGAAUACAAAUGUGUUGAUGUAAGAAAAUGCGCAAUUUCCAUCGAACAAUCGAAUUUUUAUGGCGAUCGACAUAUACCCGGCUUCAAAAUUAGUUUUCCAGCGCACUGGGGGGUCGGCAGGCAUGGUGUGCCCGUCCCCCCAACCAGCGAUUUGCUGGCCACGAUCUCAAUGUUUGAGCAACAAAUCAAAGCUGAACCGAUGGCAUUCUAUUCGACAACGACAUGUCCGCCACAACCACCACCUCAGAUGGUUCAGCCUAUGGCUCCACAACAACAACAGCAACAACAACAACCUCAGCAGGCUCAACAGCAACAGCAACAGCAGCAACAACAAUCGCAGCCGCAACAGCAACAGGAGCAGCAACCUCAACAGCAACAACAACAGCAGCAGCAGCAGCAGCAACAACAACAACAACAACAGCCUCAGCAAACGGUUAUCACAAAUUUAACAUUGCAACAUGUGAAAGAUAUACCCGCACAAUUGCUUCUCCAAAAUCCCACACUGGAUUGGAGGAAUCGACUUCCAGGCGAAAAUGAGCAAACAAACGAAGAGUCGCAACCACCGGAUACUCCAAUGUCUUCGGCAUCGGAUGCAACCAAACAAGAAAUAAAUACUGGUCUUCAAAUGUCGAUAACGCCGCAAACGAAUGCCACGCAUACAAGAAGCAAGCCACAAGCGUGUAAAGUGUGCGGCAAAAUGCUGUCAUCGGCCAGCAGUUAUUAUGUGCACAUGAAAUUGCAUUCGGGAACGAAACCAUUUGCUUGUACGGUUUGCGAUGCUGCAUUUUGCCGAAAACCGUAUCUCGAAGUUCACAUGCGAACACACACCGGGGAAAGACCCUUCCAAUGUGAUCUCUGUCUGAAACGAUUUAGUCAAAAAUCAUCGCUAAAUACUCACAAACGGAUUCACACAGGCGAACGACCGUUCCAGUGCGGGCAGUGUCUGAAGACAUUUACGCAGAAGUGCGCUCUAACAUUGCACACACGAAUUCAUACGGGUUAUUGGAGCAUGCAUAAACCGUUCCAGUGCACACAGUGUAAUGCUGCAUUCUGCCGGAAACCAUAUCUUGACAUACACAUGCGAAUCCACACUGGAGAACGUCCGUUUCAAUGCGAAGUUUGUCUGAAACGUUUCACACAAAAAUCAACGCUCAAUAUCCACAAGCGAAUUCACACUGUUCAGGAACGGCCUUUUCAAUGCGAACAGUGCCCAGCUGCGUUUGCGCGCAAACCUUACCUCGAUAUACACAUGCGAACGCAUACCGGUGAGCGACCUUUCGAAUGCGAAGUUUGUUUAAAACGUUUCACACAGAAAUCGUCGCUAAACAUCCACAAAACCAUACAUACCGUUGGAAAUCGACCGUUUCGAUGUGAAUUGUGUCCGGCCGCAUUUUGUCGUAAGCCGUAUCUCGAUAUCCAUCAGCGCACACACACUGGCGAACGGCCAUUCGAAUGUGAGAUUUGUUCAAAGCGAUUCUCGCAGAGAUCAACGCUGAAUAUUCACAAACGAAUUCACACAGGCCAUAGACCGUUCCAGUGUACCACCUGCCUGAAGACGUUUUCACAAAAAUGUGCCCUUAAUUUGCAUAUACUCAGCCAUACAGCGGUGCAAGGAAGGCCGUUCCAAUGUGUGCAAUGUCCGGCCGCAUUUUGUCGAAAACCGUAUUUAGACAUCCAUAUGCGAAUCCAUACUGGCGAAAGGCCCUUCCAAUGCGAGAUGUGCAAUAAACGUUUUACGCAGAAAUCGUCAUUGAACAUUCACAAACGAAUUCAUACAGGUGAGAGACCGUACGCCUGCGAUAUUUGUAAUAAAACAUUUGCCGUUAAGAGCUAUGUGACUGCUCACAGAUGGUCGCAUGUGUCUGAAAAACCUUUAAGCUGUGAUCGUUGUUCCAUGACAUUCACGAGCAAAGCUCAGUUCGCCGUUCACAUUCGCACACAUUCAGCGGGUCAAAAUUACGAAUGUAACAUUUGCGGACGAACAUUCAUACGGGAUAGCUAUUUGAUUAGACACCACAAUCGAGUGCAUCGUGAUAAUCGAACAACAGCGAAUAGCAUCGCAACGAUAAAUAGUGUUGCAGCGGGCGAUAUGGGAUCAACAAUCAAUGCCACAUCGGAAACGGGUACCGUUUAUGAUGCGGCCACUGGCCAAGUGUGUGACUUAAGGUACGUAUCGGAUCUGCAGCAGUUGAGUGGAGCGCAAAUAGCAUCGCCAAUGCAACCGGAUCGUACAAAUGCUGGCAAUAAAAGCGGCGAUCACAAACUUCCAAAUAUCCAAUCACACACAUACAUACAGUAAUACUGUCAAUAGUAAAUAGAUGAACACCAUACACCAACUCACACCUUAUCAAGACUUAAUCUGACCAUAAAAAUGCAGAAUAAAACGGGAAAAAUAUUGUAAAAUUACACCAAAAAUGUGCCAUCAGUUCUUCCAAGUGAGAAAUAGAAAGGGCAACAAUGAAAAUAGGUAACACCACAUUGGUUUAGAAUGACCGUAAUGCACAACAUAUCGAACAUCAACGCACUGAAACCAAGCAACUUUGGUUCGAGUUGAACCAACGAGCAAAAUAUUCCAAACCACUCCCCCUGUAAACUCUAUCGAAUGAGCCGGCAAAACGGGAUGCGACAAAUGGUCGCUGACAAAAAAAAAACCAAUGUGACGAGCAGCAAAAGAGAGAAAAUCUUAAAUCGCGUCCGAUCGCGAGUAUUUAUAAGAAAUAUAUUGAAUAAUAACAAACAACAAAAACUACGUUAGUCUAUUAGAAUUAUGUUUAUCUAGUUUAGAUCUAUUGCUGAACAAAAUCAACCAUUUUUUUCUGUUCAUUUUGUAAUGUAUUGUAGAAUUGCGUCAAAACCAGUGACCAUCACAUUGACGAUGACACAAAUGGUCAAAAUUUUAAAAACAAAAACAUAAUUGAUGAAAAUGACGGACAACAUUUGAAGAGACAAGAAAAUGAAAGGAUGUUUUUAUGAAGAAGAAAAAGAAAAAGGAAAAAAAAACAAAAGCGCAAGCAACCAUUGAAAAUUUUCGAAAGCAAAUACGCAUUAUAACAUUUUAUAGAGCUACCGAUGAAAAAAAAAUUACUAUGCGAAACAGUUUUACACACAAACACACACUCUAGAGAUAA